GAAGUGGCGCCGUGGCGGGAAUAUGUGAACAUUUUUUUUUAUUUCUUUUUGAUCCAGUAGAUAAUAUCUGUUGUGUAUUUCACAAUGGAUAUCAGUCAAGAUGAAAUAUAUGAUUAUGUUUUCAAACUUUUGAGCACCAGCGACGAUAUUGAUUCUCUUACAAUGCGAAAAAUCAUAGAUGGGUUCCAAGAGAAGUAUGGCUUGGACUCAAUUGAGAAGGAAAUGAAAUCUGAAGUGAGGAAAACUGUGGAUCAAGUAUAUUCUCGAUUAAAUGAGAAAGAAGGUGAUGAAAUUGAUACUAAAAAGACACCUGUGAAGUCAAAUAUCCAGGAAUACCCCCAAACAAAAAGCAAACGAAAAAGAGAUGGAUCCAGUGAAGAAAGUAACAGAAAUUCAGCAGACGACAAAAGAAAGAAAGACAACAAGAAACAAAAAAUCGAACAUAACUAUGAUUCAGAUGAUUCUGUGAAGAUAUCUCUAGAGGAAAAUAGCAGCAGGAAAUCUUAUGAGAAAGCAAGUACCCAUCAAGAGCAGUCAAACCAAGGGAAUGGAAAGAAGAACUUGAAUGGAAAACACAAAAGAAAAGAAGACAGCAGUGAUGACAGUGAUUUGUCAGAUGAAAAAAGUGAAAAUGAGAAGAAUGAAAUUUUGGUUGUCAAAGAAAAACAAAACAUGAUGAAGGCUAAAGGUUCAAGUGAAAAGAAAUAUGCAGUUGACACUACAGACAGUAGUGACAACCAAAUGUCCGAAGGGAAAAGUACAAGUUCAAAAAAUAAGCCCACAAUAGUUGGAGCAAGUGGUAAAUAUAAUAAAAGUAACAUUUCCUCUGACAGCGAUGAUUUAAUGUCACUAAAAAAUAAGCUAAAAAAGUUUGAACAUUCUGUUGAGAACUCUGAUUCAAAUUUCACCAUAGACAGUAAAGAACAAAGGAAGAAAAAACAGAAAAACACAACAAAGAAAUUAAAAAAAACUAAUAAGAGAAUAGAAGAUGAUAGUGAUAUAUCAUCAUCAGAAGAUGAUUUUGAAAAUGUAUCUGUUACGAAAAAAGACAAGAUGACAACAAAAAAUGAUAAUAGAAGUCCUGUAGAUAACAAAAGUGAUGAUAAACUGGCAAGUCUCAAGAGUAAAUUAAAAAACUUUGAAGAUUCGGUUGAUACCAAAGGUGAAAAUCAGAAAAGAAACAGUGAUUCAUCAUCAAGUGAUGAUGAUGAUGAUAAAAGAUCAAGUACAAAGAGUUCUGGUGAGUCUGCAUCAGGAAAAAAGCAGAGUAGAGGUGGACGAGCAGAGAAUGAAAGUGGCGAUGAUGAGAAAUUUUUUGAUAAAAAGAAAAAACGCGGAUCCUAUGUUGCUGGAAAGGAAGAUCUAAAAUCAAGCCGCAAGGAAAGAGAAGAUAGUUCAAAAUUGAAGAAUUUAAAACGUUAUCUGCGUGCAUGUGGAAUGCAUCAAAACUACAUUAAGUUUUUUGAAGAGUGUCGUUCAAUGACGGCAAAAGAACGUAAAUUAGAAGAACAUAUUCGUGAGGUUACUGGAAUUGAAGGCCGUUUCACGCUAGAAAAAUGCAAGAAAUACAAGUUAAAGAAGGAAGAAGCAGAUGAGUUAGCUGAGCUUGAUGUGAGCAAGAUUAUUGGAACUCCGGAAAAGGGCAAGAGAGUCACGCGACAAUCAAGCAGUUGCAGCGUUUCCAGGCAAGCGUUCACACCAAGUCCCGUAGGAAAGGGAGUAUUCAGCAAUCUUCGUGAUCUUCUGGAUAGCGAUGAAAGUGAAAAUGAAAAACGUGAAAGAAAAACAAAGAAAACGAUUGUUUUAGAAAGUGACGAAGAUAAGGAAGAUAACAUCCAAUCAGGAGAUAGUGGCGAGGGUGAUGAGAGCGAGGAUGAGGAUGAGGGGACUGGAGAUGAAAGAAGAACUGGAGAAGAAAACAAAAUAUUAAAAAAGAUGGGAAAGACCCUAGACUCGUCAGAAGAAAGUGACUGAUUAAUGUAUCAGCAAAGCUAUUUAUCAUAUUUUAUAACGACGAUCGGGGAGUUUAAAAGGUUUGUAGAUAAUAUUCAAUGUUGAAACAAUUAUUGUAGAUACAGUGGACUACAAACUGUAUCAUAUAAAUAUAUUUAUGUUAGUUUGAAGCAUGAUGGACAAUCUGGACGUUAAAUGU